AUGGCUAUGAUAAAUCAUGAUAUUUUGUCUCCGUCUCUAUUUCACAAAGACACUGGGUGCAACGUAAAGACUACAGUGGACCCCACAGUUUUUUCCUUUCCUCGUUUUUUAAAAGAAGUUGAAAAACUUUGUCAAAUUCUCAACGCCCCUUUCUCUACAUCAACUACUGAAGCAGUUCUCAGAGCCUAUAGCACGCACUUCAACAACGCCCCAGUAGGAUGGCGAGUCACCUCCAAGGAUUCCGCACUCAACUACCGCUUUUUUCAAGGUAGAUCAACCGAUACUGUCACUAUCGCCAUUCAAGCAGGUUUCAUCAAGCCUAGCCCCAUAACCGACUUGGUGCAGUCUUGGACCACUCUAUUUAAUGACGAAAUACAACACUGGUGCGAUUUUGAUACUUCAAAGGGACUUGUAAAGUCAUGGCUCUUCUUGGGUCGAACACGUCAAAUGGAAGAGGUUCUUGAUGUUGAGUUCGUUCCAGAAUCGAUUCGACAGCACAUGCAAAAGUUCAAGGAGCAUGAAUUGAACAGAGUGAGAACCGUUGCAGUUGAUUGGCAUUCUAAAACCGUCAAUCUUUAUUGGCGUGUGCCAGGACCACUCUCCAAAACUCAGGCUGAUAAUUUGCUUGGGUUGGCGGGUUGUCAACCGCUAGAGGAGGCAGAAGUUGUGGAAAUUGGGAGAUUUUCGAGUGCGAAGGACGGAAGCUUUGCUUUCGCUGUUACAAUAAGCUUAGAAUCCGGUGAGAUUGGAAGGGCGGCAUUCUAUGCGACGAAGCUGUUGAGAGGCAAUCUUCCGGCCAUUAGCGAAAGAUUGGAAACCUUUCUGGAACAUGCACCUGAUUAUGAUCCAGAAGAAUGGAUUACCAUUGGAUGGGGGUUCAUAAAAGGUGGAGGGAAGUAUAUGAAGGCUGAAAAGAGCUAUUGCGGGAAAUUCAUGGAGAAAGUGAAGAAUAUGAUGAUCCAGGACCCAAACAUCUAG